GAGAAGAGGCUGGAACAGCCCCGCCGCCGCCGCCUUUCCCGCCUGUUGUCUGGCCCCGUCUGGCCAUGGAAGGCGACGCCGGGGGUGGGAAGCGCCGCGGCGGCCGGACUCUUCCAAGCGCGGCGUGGCCCCUCGCCCUUGCUUCUCCCGCCGCCAGGAAGUGAAGAAUAUGAGACGGAUUUACUGCUGAGUGGAGAAACUGUUGCCUCUAGAUAUGGAGACCGGCACCUGCAAUGUGAUGUUCCCCCUGGUCUCCUGCUUCCACUUGCUGCAGCUCUGGCCUUUCCUACUUCUAGCCUCAGCAUUUCCAUCACACAGCGCCUGGUCUCUGCGCACCCGGGGUCUCCUGGCAGCACGCCCACUCUGCAGCCAUCGCAGCCCUUCCUCCCCAAGAUCUGUUUGCAUCUGGGACAAGACUCUGCCCCCAGAGAAAGGAUCCCACUCUACCUCACAGCGCCAUCGCUCCCUGCUUCCCAAAGGGGCUGGGCUGCGCAGUGCAGUGCGCCUGAGGCGUCAAGCCCAGGGGAGCCGGCCUGCCACUCCAUCUGGCUUUGAGGAUGGCUUGUCCUCCUCCCAGUACCCCUGGGCCAUAGUUUGGGGUCCCACAAUAUCAGUUGAGGAUGGAGGGGAUGCCAACUCUGCCAACCCAGGUUUCCCACCUCUGGGCUACACCUUUGUCUCGUCAAGUGGAAUGGCAACAGCUCAACCUAACUCCCACUCACUACUACACAAUGAAGGGCUCAACCUGCGCCAAACCCCAGCCACACUACGGCCCUUCCUUUUUGGGCCCCGGGGAGAAGGUGUGGACCCUCAGCUGUAUGUUACCAUUACGAUCUCUGUUAUUAUCGUCCUUGUUGCUAUGGGGAUAAUUCUCAAAUUCUGCUGGGACAGGAACCAGAAGCGCCGGCACCACUCCAGCCAGCAAAGUGGAUUGCAGCAGCAAGGUAGCCAACAGCCCUUAACGGACCUGUCUCCUGCCACCGUCAGCAUCCUGGGCCCAUACAGCGAUUCACAGGGUCCUACACCAGAGAUGGUAGAAAGUGGGCAGGUACUGGAAGGCAUGGAGAAGCUAGAGGUAUUAGGGAAGACCAGUGCCUUCCAGCUCAACAGGAUCCCACUGGUGAACCUGUGACCACACUGGAAGCAGCAGGGCCUGGCCUCUUUGUGUUGAGACCAUCUGCUGAGUCUCCAAAGAGUCCCAGAGAACUGGCAGCCCUCCCUUUUUGAGUCCAGUCAGC